AUGGAUAGCCCCGUAGACAAAGAAGAAUCAAGAUUAACUUCGAUUUGUCAAGUCUGUGGAUCUGAUGGGGCACUAGUUCAUUACGGAGCUGUUUGCUGUGUUUCAUGUAAAAUGUUCUUUCGUCGAAAUGUUCAAUAUGAUUUAAAUGCUCAUCGAUGUUCAUUCAAUGAAAAAUGUGAUAUAAACAUCAAUAGUCGGCGUGCUUGCCGUUACUGUCGGCUGCAGAAAUGCAUAGCUGUGAAUAUGCAAAGAGAAUUAAUACGUGCUCCGCAUUGUCGUCGACAUCAGAGUCAAAAUAAAUGUCUUCUGGUCAAACCAAUCGAGUCUGGCGCGAAUAAUCGAUCUCUGUUAACUGAUGAUCAGUGGACUCGUAUAUCAAAUGUGAUCAAUGCUUACGAUACGAAAUCUCCUGUUGAAAACAUUCGGCAUUUGCUAUCAACACAAUUGCAGCAACCAGCAAAAAUACGUUUGAAAAAGGAUAAAAGUAUUUUCAUUGAUAUUUUAGUAUCUCUCUAUCGAUCGAUGUUACCAUUUAUUGAAAGUUUACCUGAAUAUCAAGAUCUGUCUGUGAACGAUCGAUGCGAACUGAUCGAUCGCAAUCUGUCUUGUGUUGGUGCUUAUAAUGGCAUUCCAAUUUUUCGAAAUGCGGGCGUGACAUUGAGCUCAGCUUUUACGUGUGGCUUUCCAUCAGUCUAUGGAUCGUCGUUAGCCGAAGACUCGAUUCGGAUCGCUCAACGCCUUGAACAUGACAUGACAAUUAUCAAACUGUUCAUGCCCGUUUUGUUAUUCUCUACUACACAUCAUGUGAAUUAUUCGAAGAGUAUAUCGAAAACGGAUUCGUCUUCGAUAGGAGAUCACAAUUCAGUAUUUUUCAACAGCAUCCAUUUAUUUUGCAUUCAAAAUAUGUAUGUCGAAAUCUUGUUUAAAUAUCUGAUCUAUCGAUUUGGUUACGAGACGGCUUCGUUACGAUUUGCAACUUUACUUAAAAACUUUCUCGAUCAAUCGAUGUGUAUUUCACGAUCGGGAGAAGUUCAAGAACACAAGGAAUUAAUGCAAUCGCUUGUUAGACAAACUGAAACUACUUUAACACUUGAAGCUGACUCUAUGGAUUGA